CGAUGCCGUCCGUGGUCACUUGGAUGCCAGCCAAGGGAGGCAAGCAGGGAGACGAUGUCGAGCGCAUGAGGGGAGGAGGAAAGCUUCGCCUUGAGCGAACGUUUGCCAUCAUCAAGCCAGAUGCCGUUGCAGCUGGCAAGGCGCAGGAGAUGAAGGACAUCAUUACUGCCUCGGGCUUCAAGAUCGUCAAGGAGAAGAGGACAAGGCUGUCUGAGAAGCAGGCCAAGGAGUUCUACGAGGAGCACAAGGAGAGGCCGUUUUACUCAUCCUUGGUUCAGUUCAUGACUGGCGGAGAUUGCAUCAUCUUGGUGUUGCAGAAGGAGAAUGCGAUCAAGGGAUGGAGAGAGCUGAUGGGCCCAACCAACUCCUUGAAGGCAAAGACUGAGGCCAAGGAUUCCUUGAGGGCCAAGUUCGGCACUGAUGGCAGCAAGAACGCAUGCCAUGGAAGUGACUCUCCCAAGAGUGCCCGACGGGAGAUCCGCCUCAUGUUCGGCAUCCUCGAGUGGAUCCAGGUCGUCAUCCCCUUCAUGAAGUUCUUCUGGUGAGGGAGGAGCUACCUUUGGGCUGGUCCCCGUCAAUCUUUGGACGCCUCGUCCGUUGGCUCGAAGUCGACCUGCAGGUCAGGUCACCGUGAGCUCCGAAUGAAAGACGGCGUUUCUCCC